UCUAAUAAAGAAAAAGAUCUGCGGAUCUGUCCGACUUCACGUUUCCAGUCUAUUACGUGAACAGACAGAAUAAGAGCAUGCCCGCUAGAACAGAGCUUGUGUAACUUUGCAACGGUGCCAGAAACUUUAAAAAUCCCACCUCUCCUCCUCCCUUCACUCCAGACACCAGCGAGCAAGAGGAAGAUGUGAGCGCGCUUGUUCAUCUGCAUUUUUUUUUUUACAAGACUUUUUUUUUUUUUUUUUUUUUUAAACUUCAAAAUUCCCUGAAUAGCUCGGAUGCAGUUUUCUACAAAAAAUAAUAUUUUAAGAAAUGCAGUAUAUUUAUAUAUAUUUAUUUUAAAUAAAAAAUAAUUAUUUUAACAGAGGAUAUAAAAGCUAGUUUUAUAUUUUCUAUUAGGCAAGUUUCCUCACUUAAACUUUUUUGACUCGAAAAUGAAGACACUCUUUUUAAACGCGAUAAUUUAUAGAUGCAUCCUCUUUUGUUAUUUGACUUGUCUUUUACAAGUUGUUUAUUGCCAACAACAGCAGCUCCACACCAAUCGAGGAAAUGCCCCUUCGACAGGAGGUUUUAGGCAGAAAAUUCAGUGGCAGAGUAACGGUAGGGUUUUCAGUUUGCUGAGCCACGGAUCCGAAUACCAGCCAGCGAGAAGAAGAGAACCCAACGCCAAGCUUCCACCUCCAAACCCUAUUAUCAUAAUAAGUAACCCGAACCACACAGCAGGGACCGAGCACUCGAGAACCUCAAACAGUGCACGCAGGCAAAAUCAUUCUGGCACAAGGCCAGGGGCAACAUACUGGUUCCAGGCUGGUUUCAAUGGUACUGGAAAGGGCAAUGGUACUGAAGAGACGAACCCCCCACCACUAAGCAAUCUAAGGCCAGAGGAUAGAAUGGUUGGGGAUGAUCCUUACAACCCUUACAAAUCUUCAGAUGACAAUCCUAACUAUAAUUACUACGAUACAUAUGAAAGACCCCGACCAAGGCAAAGACCAGGGUAUGGGACAAGGUAUCACCAGUAUGGUCUCCCAGAUUUGGUGCCAGACCCCUACUAUAUACAAGCCUCUACAUAUAUACAGAAAAUGUCAAUGUACAACCUGAGAUGUGCGGCAGAGGAAAACUGCCUUUCAAGUUCAGCUUACUCCGUAAGAGAUUAUGAUACGCGUGUGCUGUUGAGGUUUCCCCAGAGAGUGAAGAACCAAGGAACAGCAGACUUCAUGCCAAGCAGACCACGCUAUGCAUGGGAAUGGCACAGCUGUCACCAACAUUACCACAGUAUGGAUGAAUUCAGCCACUAUGACUUCUUGGAGGCCAAUUCACAGAGAAGAGUAGCUGAAGGACAUAAAGCAAGUUUUUGCCUUGAAGACAGCUCAUGUGACUAUGGCUACCGUAGACGCUAUGCUUGCACAUCUCAUACACAGGGUUUGAGUCCAGGAUGUUAUGACACCUAUAAUGCUGACAUUGACUGCCAGUGGAUUGAUAUCACAGAUGUAAAGCCUGGCAACUAUGUACUUAAGGUUAGCGUGAAUCCCAGCUACCAGGUACCAGAAUCUGAUUAUUCAAAUAAUGUUGUACGAUGUGACAUUCGCUACACAGGUCAUUAUGCAUAUACAUCAGGCUGCAGACUUUCAGCGUACUAAUUUAUACAGAUGUGGAUCUGUGCCAACAAGUGAAAUGAAAAUCUAAACUGCCUGAUAUUUCCAGAAUGCCAGGAUAUAUACAUUUUUUUAAUUGCACAAGGACUGCUUUUUGUAACAAAACACUAUAACUGGAUUUUAAGCUACUGCAGUAAAAUGAGUAUUUGUGGUUCAAACAGCCUGAAUUUUAGAUAUUGUAGAGUUGGGUGGUAUUAGCUCACACAUCAAAAAAAAAAAACAAACAAACAAACAAACAAACAAAAAACAACAAACAAUUUCUCUGGACAUAAACAACAUUUAGAAGACAAUACAGCAUUGGGAUAUUUGCAAAAGACAAUGUUAUUUUUUAUUUUUACAUGUCAAAGCAUUCAUUGUUAAAUGUAAGUCUGUAAAUAACCAAAGCUGACCAAAGUGUACUCACAUUUUAAAUUGACUGUAGCAUUUUCAGUUAUACAGCAUUGGCUCAAUUAAGAGUACAUACUUGACAUGCACCGAAUGACGAUGGUUAUUUAAAACCUACAAUUUGUGCAGUUUAAAUGGGGUCAGAACACCACUUUAACAGACAUAAGACCACUUUCAUACGGCCUUUACUGAGGAUUCUUUUUUUAAAAAAAAAAAAAAAACAAACUGCCUGUAU